AUGGCGGUGACCGCGCGCCGCGUGCCCGGGCCAGGUCCCGCGCCGGAGGCCCGGUCAUCCUCCCUUCGCAUGUGCCUGGUGCUGAUGCUGGUGGGAGCCCUGCUGCAAGGGAUCCGGCCACUGGGCGGCUGGGCCGAGGCCGCCAUUGCCGGUGAUUACGAUGCCGACAUGCCGCCGCUCCUGGCCAUGGCAUCCCCCUACGGCUCGGUGUCCGUCGCCGGGCUCUCCUUCGAGCGCCUGUACCCGACCGAGCCGCCGGUGCAGAUUCAUCUCCAGAAUACCGGGUGCCAGUUUCACGGGCCCGCUAUGCAGGAGGAUCUUUUCUUUGAUCGGCGUCUGGGCAGCUUCUUCUCCAAGACCCCCUCCGGGAAGGUUGUCCUGGCCGACAUCCCGCUCGAGGCAAGCCCAUCGAUGCUGGCGAUGGCGGCCCCGAGCGGGGGGGAGCCACUCUUUGCCUGGCUGUCCGGGAAGGUGAUGGGCUUCUCCUGGCACGCCGACACCAUUCAGCACACCUUCGCCGAGGGGCAGGAUCCGAGUUUACUGGCGGCGUCGGCCACCGGGCCAAGCGCCGGCCGGGCCCUGGUCAAGCACGGCAACACCAUUAGCUUGAUGGUCCUCGUUCCGGGCGAGAUCCAGAAGAGCGGCAUGGCCAUCGACACCACCGGGGCCGUGGCCGGGCUGCCGGGGCACUUCUUCCUGGCCACGGCCACCGGGUGGACGUGGUUAUUGCCCAACGGUACAUUGAUCCCGACUCCCCUCAAUGAGGCGGUCCUCCGGCUGGCAGCCACGCGGUACCUGACAGCCGAUCCCGACCGGGUGGAUUUGGUCGUGGUCACGGCCUCUCGGCUGUUGAUCUACCUCGGACUGGGGGAUGAUGGUACUUGGCAGUCUGUCCUCACCAACUUCCAACCGACCUCGCGGAACAAUCUCAACCUGUCGCUGGUGCCACGCGUGUCGCUCGCUACACUUCCCACCGGGUACCUGUAUCUGCAUCAGGGAACGAGUGCGCUGUGGCGGGUUGUGUACCACCCGACGCGCUUGUUGUGGCAGCGUGUCCUCGGACCCUCGUCCAUGACCCUGACGGGGAUGGGGCUGGUGCCGGUCCAUGGGGCCAGCGCGCCGGGACAGCCCCCGGAGCAGUGGCGACUGGCGGUCGGCAUGCGAACCUUCACCCCGGGCGAGCUGCUCGGCUGUGCCGGGGCCGACCCCUCGAUCGCGUGUCACCCGACCGAAGCCAAGUGGGAGUGUGCCCCGGGGCGAGUGUACUCGCCUUUGACCUCGUCGGCGGAGCUGUGCGCCGGCUGCGCCGACGGCUAUUACCGGGCGCCACUACCGAAGCAGCAAUACCGCUGUUUGCCCUGCCCCGGGGCCGGAUGCCGGGCCUGCGUGGCCGGGGUGUGUGUUGCCUGCGCCGAGGGGUAUUUGCUGGAAAGGUCGGCCCAUGGCGGCGGGCCGCCGGUCACUCGGUGCGUGAGUGACUGCUCACCGGGCUUCCAGGCCGAGGGAGCGGUGUGCCGACCGGCGACCAUGCCCCCGGUGGCGGUGGCCUUCACGAAGCUGCCCAGCCUGGCCAAUGGCCAGACUAUCCUGUCGCUGACCCGGAGCCGGGCCUACGCGCAGGGCGAUCAGCUGUACGUGUCGAAUGCGUCGCUGGAGGCCCCGGAGCCGGGGGCCCUGUUGGUGAUGCUGAGUGACCGUUCGCUGGGCUUCCUGGACAUGGACCAGCUGCUGGCCAGCCCGACAAGCGGCCCAGUGUCUGUGACGGGGAUUUCCGGGUCCUUCUUUCCCGUGAGCUCUUCGACCUCCCUGCUGGAACUCGGACCGGUCGUGCUUCCGCAGGGGGAGGUGCGACUGGCACUGGUGAGCAUGCACGGGGGCCAGAUCCUCGCUGUGGUAUUCCAAUGUGUCCUCUCGGGCUCCGGGCCCGCGGACGAGUGCCAACUGCAGGUGCAAUCGACCAGCGGGCCGGCGAACAUCUCGGGGACCAACCCGCCGCGGCGACUGUCGCCGACUGUCCUGGCAGUGGGCAAUCAGCAUUUCGAGCUCAAUGCCGCGGGCAGCUUGGUCACGGUCACCGACCCGGACACCUCUUCCUCGGACAUUCCCAGCAUGGGGACCCAUGUGGAUCGGCUUACCGGGCUGCCGGCUUCAUGGGUCUAUCGGAUGAGUGGUUCCCAGUUGAUUGCCCAGCCGUGGGCCCUCCUGCGGGUGGGGGACAGCCGGUUGAAGACCGCUGACGGGCUGCUGAUCAAGCCCAUCAACCCGCUUCCGGCGGAGGGCAUGUCUCCGGCUUCGGGUUCCACGUGUCUUUGGGGUUGCCCGGAGGCCGGUCGGCCGGCCGGGGCAAGUGCCCCCGAUGCCGAGGGCCAUGCCGAUGGCGGCCGCACGGUCCGCAGCCGAGCCAGCGGGACCGGGAGCUUCUCCUUCGAGCCGACCGGCUCAUGGCGGCCGGUGUACCUGGACGCCGGGGCGGCCCGGCGCUCGGGGCCCCUCCCCCCGGGGGAUGUCCUGGUGACUGGGGUCCUCUCGCAUGGGGGGACCUGGCACUGGGGCGUGGUGAACUACUCGCUGGGCCUGGAGCCCCAGGGCCGGACCCGAGCCAUUGCCGGGACGUCGGAGCUGCUGGCCCCCGUGGGUCCGCUGGCGGGUGUCACCGGAAAUGCGCCCUUCCACGCGGUGGCCCUUCGGCUUGCCGGGCUGCCGGAGUACCCCAGCGCCUUGGUGGUGCUGCAUCCGGCCUUCUUGGGGGUCAUGCUGCUGCACUGCCCCGUCGGGGAGCUGGCCUGUCGGCCAGGGCCAAGGCAUAUAUCCCCCUACCCGGCCGACUUGGAACAGACUGGCCACGAGUCGCUGGGAGUGGAGCAGCUGGUUGGGCAGCCAUCGCGGCUGCCCUCCGGCCGGCCGGCCAGCAUCAACCUGUUGCUGGUGUAUCGCGGCUUGCCCGCCACGAGUUUCCUGGUGCAAAUGGCCAUCGACAGCUGCCCGUCUGGCACGUAUGGGCCUCUGUGCCUGGCUUGCCAUGGGUCCUGUCAGACGUGCACCGGCCCGGACGCGGGGGACUGUGUGCUGCCCAAGUGCACGGCCUUCCUGCCCUCGGCCCCGGGGGUCUGCCUGUCGGCCUGUCCGGCGGGGCUGGUUGCCGAUGCGACCGGGGCCUGCCUGUGUCAUGGUAGCUGUGCGGCAUGUGCGAGCGCGGACGGCGUGGGGCCCUUCAUAUGCACGGCAUGCCCCUCGGGGAUGGCCGUGGCCCCGGCCGGCGAGCAGCAAGCCGGCCAGUGCGUGUCCUGCCAUGCGUCCUGUCGGGAGUGCUCCGCCCCCGGCAGCGCCGGGGCUUGCACCGGCUGCUUGGGCUCGGGGAUGUUCCUGCAGCCGGGUGGCAUGUGUUCCGGGGCCGUGGACUGCCCGGCUGGGACCUGGCCCGAUGGAUCGAUGGACGAGUGUGUCGCCUGUCCGACUGGGUGCUCGGCCUGCCGAGACGCCGUCAAGUGCUCCGCCUGUGAGGCUGGCUUCCUGUUUGAAAGUGUGAUGCAGGUGUGUCUGCCCUGUGCGCCGGAAUGCACUGCCUGCGUCGGGGUCCCGGACAACUGCCUGGCCUGUCGAACGGGGUACCGGUGGGAAGACGGGGCACCGCCAACCGGAACGCCGCCGGCGGGCAAGUGCAUCUUUUGUGGCCCCUCGUGCGCCUCCUGCCAGGAUGAUGGCCAGUGCCUGGCAUGCACCAACGGAAAGCUCCUGACGCCGGCCGGCACAUGUACGGCCACAUGCCCGAGUGGCACGGGCCCUGUCGCCGGGGGGGCCGUCUGCGGGCCGUGCCACGACACGUGCAGUCUCUGCACGAUGGCCGGCGUGGCUGAUUCCUGCGUGGCCUGUGUGCAGGGGGGUCUUCUUCUCCGGCACACUGAGGGGGCCAGCUGUGUGGAAAAUUGCCCGAACAAGUAG